GGUUCGUUUUUCCAGGGGGACCUCAGAGCCGAUCAUGGCGACUCUCGGCGGCAGUCGUGGGGAUCGUCUCGGCAACUCCAAUCAACAAAGGUCUGCCCUUGUGUCUCCAGAGAAAGUUCGUGAACUUCUAAAUGACGGAGUGUCGUCACCAGCCGUCGGAUCCAUCAGUGGACAAGGGGAUUUGAAAGGUCUGGAAGCAAAAAGUGACACCCGAGCAUCUUGUGAGGCAACAAACAAAGAUGCCUUCUUCUCAAGAGUGGAAUCUUAUUCAUGUUUGAAAUGGGCAGGCAAACCUCGCACACUGUCCCCCUUGGUUUGCUCCAGAUAUGGCUGGAUCAACGUCGGCUGUGAUAUGCUCAAAUGCUCCAGCUGCCAGGCUUUCCUCUGUGCAUCAUUACAACCAACUUUGGACAUAGAAAAAUAUGAAUCCCGCAUUGCAGAGCUAUUGGGGCAGCUUCAGACGCAGCAUGAGAAGUUUUGCCCGUGGCCUGACUUUCCAUGCCCAGAGCGUUUCUGGCUGGUUCCAGCCUGUGAACCCCCAGCACUUCUCACUGACUUCUUAGAGCGCUUCCAGAGCGCCUGCCUGCUUGCACAUCAGCUGCCGGCCAUGAAGCCGGAGCAUCUGAAGUCUAUGGCACUGACUGAGGAUGUUGUCAGUGUUAUACUGCAGCUCAUAGAAGAGGAACAGAAAAAAAAGGGACAAACUCUAAGUACCGAACCUUUGGCUGUCCAGGUGGCUGCAUGUAUUGUUUCUCUGUGUGGCUGGGCUGCAAGCCCAGCUCUGAAGGCCAUGAACCUACCCAUCCUCACCUGUUCGUACUGUAUGCGCAAGGUGGGCUUGUGGAACUUCUACCAGAUGGAGGGAAUGGCAGGAGUAGGAGAUGGAGAUGGAGAUGCCUCAUCAAACACUGGCGGCCCGUCUGCUCAGACAACAGUUGCAGCCUCAGCAGGUUCACACGAGGGCCAGGGGGACCCGCCUGCUUCCGCCUCGUCCACCCCUGCUACAACUCCUUCUCGCAUGAAGCUGAGGAGUCAGGACACCUCCCGCUCUGAACAGGGUGAGGGAACUUCCUCUCCUGUAGGUUUGCGUUCCCGGAGCAGAGACUCGCCAAGUCCCAUUGAAGAAAUGCCGAGUCCUUUGCCAAGGGCUAAAAGGCCAGCGGCACGCAGUAAAGGCCAAGGGGACAACUCCGGGGCUGAAGGUGCUUCCAGCCUGCAAAACCCUCCUAAACGGCUGUGCUUUUCAUCAGUUGCUGCUACUGAUUGGCUCCUGCAAAAGAAUGCUUUUGACCCCCUCUCUCAGCACAGAGACUGGUGUCCCUGGGUCUCUGUGGGAAAGGAGAACGUGGAUCCAGGGUCAGUCCCCUUUUUGGAUGGAGGAGCUGGGCUUCACCAGCAGGGCUGGAAGGCUGCUCUCAACCUCCUCGUGCCAAUGAAAAGGAACUCUAAUAUAUCAGGAGGGAGUCCAGCAGGGGGCCCUCGUGACAGGUCUAAAAGGGUGUUUGCCAUAUUCCGUCAGUGGCAGGUAUCCACCCCUGCAUCUCAGUAGACUGUAUUCCAUCCAUGCAGCACUGGAACACUGAAACAAAUAACUGACAGGCCCUCUUCUUGUGGUACAGAGUCUAUAGUACCAAUGACAGGAUUGUCAUAUCAUUGUAUGCCAUCCAUUAAAGUCGUGUUUACAGUCAGAGCUUUUCUGGUGGGAACAGAAGUUGAUUGUCUUUUAAUGACUUCUCUGUAAACAUUGAAGUUCAUGAAGGAUGCCUGUGAGGUUUUAAACCAUUUCAAACUGGGAUGUGCAGACACUGCGGGGCUGAACAGGCCUUAUAUUAUGUGUACACGUUAGUGGUCAUCAAGUGAUUUUAACAUAUCUUGGCAUUUAAUUGGCCACAAAGAAGGCCUCUUCUGUUAACCUCUCAUGAAGUCUGUGUCGAUAGUCCUCCAUCACAUCAUGAUAGUGUGGAUUUCUGUGGAUUAUUAGGAAGUACAAAUCCCAGAUUGUGAGACAGGGCCAAAUGGCUUGACACUGGAAAGGUGAUGUUUACCUUCUAUGUACAUUGAGUCAUUUGAGUAAACAUUAACCUGAGAUAAGAAAAAAAAAAAAGCUGUGAGGAAGUUAUUUUUGUGUACUGUUACGGAUUCUCUUUGAAAAGAACAGAAUCCUUUUGGAGUAUUGAAAUGUUUGUUUUCUUAUAGUCCGCGCUAAAAUCCUAUUUCUCACAGGCAGGGGGUAACGUGCCAUGAACUAAAACCUGUUUUAAACUAGAUUCAGAAUGUCUGUGCUUUUUGCCUUUCUCUGAUAUUUCUUCGGUAAUGCAGUCUUCUCUCUCUUGCAUGUGCUUAUAUCUAAGUAGAAUUUUACUAAGGGUUUAAUAAAAUGCUCUUCUCAAA